GAGGCUGAAGAUUCGGCUCUCUCAAACGGGCAUCGGCUCUUAGAGCCGGCUCGUUCGCGAACAACACAUCACUAGUUGGCAACCCUAAUCACACUAAACAAACACAUAUUUCAUGCCAAGUGACGUGCUUGUUUCAAAGGUUUGUAAGAACAAGUUUUUAUUCUUGGUGCAGUAAUUACAAUCCAGUGUGUUGUCUAUAGUUUUCCACUGACUCUACUAUAUUAUUAUGCUGCAGUUAAAAUAUGCAGUAUAACAUGCAGAUAUUCUCUGGCCAUAAAAGGGUUAAGCAAGAGGCCCUGCCUGCCUGUUAUGUAUUGUUAGCAAAUGUGUAGCUGAGUUACUGGGACUGACAUCAAGAGCAGCCUUCAACUGAGAGGGAAAAGCUGCACUUCAAGAACUGGGUGAAGAGCUAAAUGCCAGCAAGAGGGCAAAGUGUGUGAGAGUACUGACAGAAAACAGCUUUUAACAACGCACGGACAAGAAUAUAAGACAACACACGAUAAGAGAGGAAAUAACAUUGCAGGUGAAAAAGACUAAAAACCAGAAAACAAGAAGCAAACAAGAUAAGAGACUGAAGGAGGAGACAGUUUUGCAGCAAAAGCCUGCAAAGGCUUAACUUACAGAACAGAAAGAGAAGAGUAAAAAAACACCAUCAUGUCAUACCGUCUGUUUGAGGGAAAGGAUCAUGCAUCCAUCUACCAAAAGUACCGUAUUACACCUCCAGAAGAGCUCAAGAACAUUAUUCUUCAAUACCUAGACACAAAGAAGGGACAGCCACAUGUGCUGGCGGUGGAUCUGGGAUGCGGCACGGGUCAGAAUUCUCGGCUACUGGCGCCGAACUUCCAGGAAGUGGUUGGUAUCGACAUCAGUGAGUGUCAACUGGAGGAGGCCAGAGCUGUGCCAGGGUACUCCAACAUCACAUACAGGAAGGGGACAGCAGAGGAGCUUCAGUUUCCAGAUGGCUCUGUAGACUUGCUGACAGCAGCAUCAGCAGCCCACUGGUUUGAUCAGUCACGAUUCCUGGCUGAGGCAAGUCGAGUUUUAAAACCUGGUGGCUGCAUGGCUCUGCUGGGCUUCAGUGACACUAACACCUGGUUUCACUACCAAACCUGUGGAGAAACACUCGGCCACAUCUAUGAAGAGGUGAAGCAGAUACUGAUGCCAUACACUAGCAGUCCGGUGGGUGUAGCUGAUGGUAAGCUGGAAGAGCUUUACCGUGCCAUCCCUUUCCCAGACAAAAAGAGGAUUGAGUCUAUUCUGGUGAACUGUCCGAUCUCAGUGAGGAACCUGGUGGGUUUCAUACAGUCCUGGUCCAUGUUUCAAGCUUACCACAAGAAAGACCCCCAGACCGCUGAAAACCUGCUGCUCAGCACACAGAAGAGGUUUCUGGAGGUGAUGGGAGUCACGUCUCCUGACACUGAAUUAGAGUGGCAAAUGGAAUAUUACUGUGUCCUGGCAUCAAAACCAAGAUAAUCAACAAUAUAUCAUCGGAUGUGUGUUUUGAGAAACAGAGAUGUGUGUUUUUGUGUCUCAGAGAUGUUGAAAUGAACAACUGAUGUGUUUCCAAACAUUAAAAUCUUGAUUCUUUUAAAAUAUGGACAUUUCUGAAUAUA